GUUAAAGUAUUCUUGAAAUUGUAUUUUUUGUUUAGUGAUAAGAUUGUUUUUUUUUGUUAAAUUGUUUUAAAAAUAAAAAAUAAUUAUUCUUUUAAAUUUUUAUAGACUUUUAAAUAUAAUCCGUAGAAAUUAAAUACAUGUAGUUAUAUGUAUUUUAAUUUAUUUAAUUAUGUGAACAUUUUUACAUUAUUAUAAUUAUGCCAUCAAUCAAUAACAUUAUAUUUUUAAUUAGUGUUUUAGCUACCUUUGAUAAAAAUGGUGGUACUCCAGCCACUACUACAAAAGUCAGUGAUUUAAUAAUGAGAUUGCCUGAUAACUUAGGUCUAGUAAAAUAUUUUGAAGAACUAAAACUUAAAAGCUUUUGUGAUACCAAGCUGCUUAAGACAACAGAAAUACAAGAUUUUGAAAAAAAUACUCCUGUAGUAUGUCUAUGUUCAGUCAUUUAUUACUUGAUAAUAGAUUCAACUACAGCAAAAGUUGAUGUUUCCGAUGUCAAAAGGGCUAAAGAUAACAUUGAGACAAAUAAUGAAGAAUCUGUUUAUUACGCUUGGAAAGAAGUAACUAAGUUAUCACCAUCAUUGGCACUGUUUAUGAAACCACUUGAUAAAUUGGAAAAAUGGCGUAAAAUUUAUUAUAAUAUUAAUAAUGAAAUAACACUGCACUGCAAGAUGGUUAAUCUAGAAGUCAUGUCUUUGUAUAAUGUUUUAAAAAAAACAGAUAAAAUAUCAAAAAUUGAUAUUAAUAAUUCAUCGGACCAAAAAAAUGAAAAAGAUAAAAAAACAUCAUUACCUGCACAAUUUGAAUCUCCAAAAAAUAUUAAAAUAAAAGCUGAUGAAAAACCUAUAGCAGUGAAACCAGAAAUAAAUGAUGAUGUAAAAGAAAAAAAAGAAGAGGUUAAUUUUCUUCAACUAAAUAUUGAACAUCAAAAAGAUGAUACUAAUAGUUUACAACCAAAAUUGACUAAUAAAGUAGAAAACACUAAUAUCCAGCAACAAAAGCCAAUUUCUACAAAAACAGACUCUGAUAUUCUACCUAAUUCUAUUUCUAAAAAAAAAGAGGAUAAUGUUUCUCAAUCAAAUACCAUUAAUAAAGAAGAAGACUUUAACAAUGAUAAUUUAAUUGUAAAUACUGAUAAGAUAAAAGGAGAAGAAAUCGGAGAAGAACCUCCAACUAAUGAAAAACUACCUAUUCAAGAGCCUGUUAAAGAAAAUCCAGAUAAUGUAAAAAAAUCUAUCAUGGCUUCAGAUGACCAACGUAUGUCAUAUGGUAAUGAUGAUGACAUUGAAAAUUCAGAGUAUCCCAUUGAUAAAGAAAUCAAUACAAAUAAAAAGAAUCAACUUGUAUUAAUUCCAAAAAAAAAAUUUAUGAAUGAUGAUUUUAGUGAUUCUAAUGAUUCUAGAUUCCUAUUCUAUUUCACCAUCUUUACAGUGCUUACAAUGAUAUUCUAUUUAGUCUUAUACAAUAAAAAAAAGAUAAUUGCAUUAUUAAUUGAAGGUCGGCGAAGCAAUAACAGUCAUAGAAGAAGACCAAAUAAUGCUGGUUAUUUAAAAGUAGAGACUGAAGAAGGUUCUACUGUAUUUUAAAGAAAUAAGUUUUUAUUUAUACAAAUGGUGCCAUUGUAAUAUAUAAUUUUAGAUGCUAAAUAGUAUGUUAAGAAAGAGCUAUAGCAAACAUUUCUGGCUACUAGAGUGAAUUUAAAUUAUUGAACCCUCUCCUUCACCUUAAAAAAACUUAACAUUUGUUUAACUGAAGACUACGCUUAGCUGUUCUUUUUAUCACCUCCAUUACAAUGGUGACUUGGACAAAAGCUUGUCACAGUUGUCACACCUUUGCUAUGGCUCUGUUUAUAAGUGUAAUUUUAUACUGCUAUAGACUAUUAAAAGUUAAAAAAAUAAAAAUUAUUAUGCUAAAUUUUAUGAUUAAAAUUAUCUAUGUACAUA